GCAACUGCAAUGUAUCUAAAAAACGGCUUCAACAACAACAUCUAAAAAUAAAUAAUUUAAUAACUUUAAAAAUCUAACUGCUCUAUAUGCGUACAUCGAAUCAUCAUGCUCUCAUCGGAAAUCUAUACAAACACAACCACAGCCACAACGACAGCAGCAACAACACUGCAAAUUGUAAAAACGAAGAAACGUCGGAAGCGUCGCAAACGCUCGGGUCAUGCAGCCGGCUGUAUAAAUGUAGGUGUUACCAAUAUACCCACGGCCACAAACAUCAACAACGCGGUCUGCCCCCGUGCCCAUAUCAGUGGGGGAGAAGGAGGAGUCAGCACGGUCACAGUUACCUCAUCAAACGGAGCAACUAGGAAGUGCAAGGCACAGUAUUUUCAACAUGACAAUCGCGAAUACAUCACCAAAUACGAGAGCAUCCACUUCACAGCCCAAACCACGGCUGCAGCGCUUAACUAUGCGGCUGUGGCUAAGAAAUUCAAGCCGCUGCGGCCUGCGUUGGCAACCGGCGCCAACAGGACCAGGAGAGCAGCAUUGGCCAAGAAGCUGCCUCGGGAAUGCGCAUGCGCCUGUCAGGCCACCACGCAAUACCCACAGGCGGACCACAGCAAGACAACAGCUGAUGCUGGCAGCCAUCAAAGACUUCCGAACAAACUGUGCCCGAACACGUCACACCGUGGUCUCGAUGUGAAAGCUUUGCCGGUUUUGCUUCAGCUACUCAAGCAUUCGUCGAGCACGUUACUAAAAACGUUGCUCGGCGGUUGUGGCGAUGGGGAGAGCGUGCGCGAUACUCAUCAGAUAGCCGAGGCACAACAGCAAAAAAACGCCAAAUUACGUGAGGCCUUCAACAUCUCCGAAUAUUUCGUAGAGGGCAGCAGCUUUGACAACGAUCGCAAGGCGAAGGAGGACUUAGCUAAAAGUGUGGCUCUGCAGAAGGAACUGGACGCUCAACGCGAAAGCCUGGCAGCGGCGGCGGCCGCAGCAGCUUCAGGCAAAGACAAGGAGACGGGCAAACGCUAUGCUCUUAUACGCACACCAUCUAGGGAGCGUGAUGGAGCCGGUGGCGCUGAGGACAAAGAGCCAGCAACCAGUGGCGAUGAGCGCGAGCAUGUAUCAAAAUCGGACAAAAAAAAGAAAAAGAAGCGCACCAGGGAUAGUUCCGCCAGCCCUGAGCGCAAAAGGGACAAGAAAAAGAAGUCAAAGAAACAUAAGAAAGAAAGUAAAUCCAAAAAGAAGAAAUCCCGCAAACGUAAGCACAGUGUCAGCGAUAGCGGAGACAGCGACAAGGAGAGCGAGGACGAAGGCGCUAGCAGCGACUCGGAGCAAGACGUGAGAAAAGCGCGCAAAAAAGCCAAAAAGGAAAAGAAAAAACGUGAAAAGAAACAGAAGAAGAAGAGCCAUGCGCGUGCUAGCUCAACGGACUCGGCUCAUUCAAACUUGUCGGCUCCACAUGAACGUAAAGAAAAGAACCGGGGAAAGAUCCAUGAAUUAAAAGCAACAAACAAAAUCAAUGAUGUUGAAACUUCUUGUGAGAAUCCUUUCCGUAGUCGAUCCAUUGAGCGUCGACGAGACAAAAGUAACAAACGUGAGCCUAGUAACAGCCGUACUCGGAGAGAAGAAUCGCAUGAACGUUCAAGACCCACACGAACACCACCUCGAAGGGAGACAGAAAAACAACAGGAUCGAUCAAGGGAGCGAAAACGCUCAAGAGAUAGACACUGUUCAAAAGAUAGGCAGGAACGACAACGUUCCAAAGAGAAGCAACGUUCGAGACAGCGCCAGCUUUCUAAGGACAGGCAACGUUCGAAAGAGAGGCAACGUUCGAAAGACAGACAACGUUCGAAAGACAGACAACGUUCGAAAGACAGACAACGUUCGAAAGACAGACAACGUUCAAAAGAGCGGCAACGUUCGAAAGAAAGGAGACGCUCCAAGGAUAUUAAAUACUCCAAAGAGAGACAACUUUCGACAGAGAGGGAACAUUCAAAACCGAGACAACUUUCAAAGGAGAAGCAACGUUCAAAAGAGCAAGAUCGCUCCAAGGACAGACAACGUUCAAAACCAAGAGAACGUACUAAGGAGAGACAACGCUCAAAAGAGAGUAAACGUUCAAACGAAACAGAUCUCUCAAAGGAGAGAGCGCAUUCAAAAGAGAAUGAGCGCUCUAAAGAGCGGGCUAGCAAAAGCGAUCGCAACAAGGAUCGCCAACGGAAACGAUCAAAUUCUCCCGACAUGCAGCGCCAACGUUCGAUAUCACCGAGGCAGCGUGAUCAUUCCGCAUCCAGAGGCAAACGACGAGAUAGAUCGACGUCUGGCGAACGACGCCGUCCAAAGCAACGAUCUGAAGAACGCUCCUACCGUAAGCGUGGCAAAUCAACCGAAAACAAAAACGAACAACGUUCCAGUCGUUUUGAUGGUGUCAAAAAACGUCGACAUUCACGCUCCCGUUCUCGAUCGGAAUACUCUGCAAAAACUGGAGAAAAUCGUAAACCUGAUCGCCGCUCGUAUUCUCGCAGUCUGAAAACGAAACACACACAAAAACAAAGAACUGUUUCACCAGAUGCCAGCAAACGGCGUAGUCGUUCUAGCGAUGUUGCUACAAACAAGAAGACAACUGCCGUACCUGCCUUUAAUCCUUUCAAAGCAGCCGAAGACACUGUCAACGACAUAUUGGGAACAAAGUCUGUUAAAGUGGCGCUCGAGCAUAGAAAGAGAGACCGGUCGGCAUCCAGUUCCAGCUCAGCGUCAGGCAGUUCCAGCGGAAGUUCUUCAGAAAGCGAAGCCGCAUCGCGUACACCUUCGCCCGAACCCACAAAGAAGCUGCGGGUUCGCAGCAAAACCCCGAAACAGGAGGUACACAAGAGUGUAAAACGCGAACGCAGCUCAAUUAGAGAUCGUCAUAGUAAGUCGCGUGAGAAAAGAACUGCGAAGAAAAGCAGUCCACAACGCGAAAACUCAGAAUCUCUACAGAAACGUGCUGCUAUUACCAACAAAAUUAAGUCCAGCCAAAGUCCAAAAUCAGAAAAGCGUCGCUCGCAUAGCUAUAGUUCCACAGAGUUGCGAUAUUCUCCAGCUGAACGUAAUCCGGAACGAUACAGAGACAUAGUCCCCGACAAGAAGAAACGCUCAAAGACGCGCGACAAAUCCAGAGCCAGUUCGCGUCCUCGGCGUAUAAGCGAACGCGACACAACGAGUAAGCCGCCACCCGUAGUGCGCCUGCGUGCCCAAAGUGACGAUGGGAGCGAAAGCGAAAUGGUCACCGGCGAUGGCGCAGCGCUUGAUGAGUAUCAACAAUCUAAACGAGAUCGGGAGUUACAGGAACUGCGUAUGCUUGAGCAACUGAAGUCGGGAAUUGCAGCCAAGGCAAAACAGAAAAUCAAAACAAUGGAGAAAAAUGGAGAACCGGGCGCAACAGAAAGAUGUGAAGUAAGUGGGGACCUGUGCCCGACGACUAAACGUAAUUCGCUAAGUGAAUUUCUUGUUGCUAACAAUGUAAAUGCUUUAAUUAACCCAUUGCCAACUGUGGCGGUAACCACGACUGUAACGGCGACGCCGGUGACGUCAAUAAACAAAGCAACCACACCAACGGCUGUGAUACACCCUCAGCCAUUGGAAACCGGUCAGCCCGCUAUUAAGAGCGAGCCCAAACAUAGUAAAAGGGACACUAAUACGCCGCCCAUUUGUCAAGCGCCUAUUCAGCAUGUGGCGGCAAAUGGCGACGCCAAAAGUCCAACAACUGCGUCCGCGCCAACAGCAGCAACAUCAGCUCCUAAGCGAACGACCAAUCAACCGCAACAACACCAACAGCAACAAUCAAAACGCGUCUUUUAUAACCGCACACUAAAUAACAAUCCCAAUUGUAGACAUAACACUAACAAUAUUCAUGCAUGUGGUGGUGGUGGUAGCGGUCUCUCUAGUAUUGUUCCUCAUUCUACUAAUCACGCUAACAACUCCAACAUGCCGCUCUUUACGAGCGGUGUUGCUGGCACCUACAACCGCACGACUAAUCGCCUGAAUCAUGGACCUCUGCUGACAGCUACGCAUUAUAAUAUCUGCAAGAAUCAUCAUCACAACAAUGUGCCACUGAUCAGUCGUCGCGAUCAACAGCAGCAGGCGCAGGUGCAGGCACAUCAUCUAACGCGUAGUCUUGUGUAUAAUCCUAGUCUAUAUGCCCCAGGUCCACAGCAAGCGCUGCUAGCCGCCAACAAUCAUCAUGGCCAUCACGGUCGUCACUCUGGCAUUUUGGGGCUGGGUGGUGUGGCUGGAGGUGGCGGUAGCGCUGCUAGUGGUCUGGCCCUUCUCAAUCAUCCGUCGCAUGUCCAGCAGCCGCUUCAUACACGCAGUAGCAUUAGUUUUAAUGCAGCCGCGGCUGCUGCGGCCGCUGCCGCGAAUAGUUUAAGCUAUCAUCAUCAGCAACAGAAACCAAAGAUAGUUAUAAAACCGUUUAAAAUUCACGAUCCACAGCCUUUAGUUGCUGCUCUAGCCGACAGCACCCUCGUCGAUGCCAUUGUGUCGAAAGUCUCCACAGCAACUGUGGCGGCGGCGGAAGCAGCACGUCGGAGCCGAAGUCGCUCACGUCGUAGUAGGCAUCAUCAUCGCUCUAACAGCCGCUCAAGAUCACGCUACAGUUCUUCCAGCAGUCGGAGCGGCUCGCGCAGUUCUGAAUCACGUUCCGGUUCGCAUUCAUCGCGCUCCAGCUGCACAUCGCAUAGUAGUUCCGGAAGCUCCCCAAGCAGUGCCUCGGGCUCAUCACAAUCUGGUUCACGUUCGCCCUCCAUACCGCGACGCCGAGGCUCCCCCAGUUUUCUUGAUCGGCGUCGUAUCACAAGUGCGCGCAAACGUCCCAUACCAUAUCACCACAAGACGCCCUCGGACGCUUCAAGUUGCUGUUCCAGCUGCUUUAGUCGCGCAAGCACUCCCUGCACGCCCUCCUGCACUCCACUGCGUCAAAGUCGCAGUCCCUCGAUGGCUGCUUUUUGAGUGUUAACCGAUUCGCUGCGCAAAGUGUGGCGGGUGGUAAAUGAAAAUGCCGAUUGUAAUCCAUUCUAGUCAAACGGACUAAUAGUCGAUAUUUAUAUAUAUACAUACAUAUAUGUAUUUAUUCACCAUACUUGUACGGCUAGGUAGUUGUUAUUUGUAAUGCGAUGAUAUUUAUUCAAUAUUUAAUUCACUCUUAUGCAUUCAAUAGCUUUAAGUUCAGUUUCUAGGCGUUUGUUUCAAUUU